AUGUAUCGGUCUCGCGAGCGGUUGAAUGUGUUAAAAUCAAUUAGCAUACUCUGUGUUCAGCUGCAGCUUCUGCUAUUGUGCGGCGGGACCUUUGUGAAUGAGACGUCUGUGUUUGGACCUGAGAAGCUGCAGGCCUUCAAGAUCUUUGACGAUGAGCAGCAGCCCCAAAUCUCGGCUCGCAGCUUCAUCUGUGUUCCCUUGUUUAGGGUCUUUAGUUUGGAGCUGGGAAACAAUAUCCACCUGGCAGCUGAUGAGUAUGUGGCUGUGAGCGGGGAUCAUCCCGCUUUGGGGUCCUGGCAGUUGGACAAGGCUAUGCCUUUAAAGGAGCAGGAUAAAGCCCGUUCAAAAUGGUAUCUCCGCCUGUGGAUAUGCGCCAGUCAGAGAUUCUAUUACCGGUAUUUGGUCUACUCCAAGAAUGCUGAAGGCAAGCGUAUACUGAGGAGCUGGGAGGGUCAGAAGGUGGCCCGAAUGCUGCAGACCUACGAGAUGUAUCGCUCUCCUGGCGUGGAUAUUUAUGGCGAGGCAUAUCCCACCUCGGUGGGUGGUGGCUUUCACCUGGAACGCGGUUGGCUGCAGCAUGAGUACGUCAUCGAGCUGAAGUUUGUGUGGCAAGAUCACUUUGUGAUAUCCGGCAUUUCGUCUAACGCCAAGUACCGACUGACUUUGACGCCUCUCAAUGUGAUGGACGACACCCGCAUUGAGGUCUCCAGAUUCUCCUACAAUCACUCUGCCUUUCGGGCUCAAAGCCAACAGGGGGUGAAGUACAUACCAGGUACUGCUCUGAUCUAUCGGAUAUAUCAACCGCUGGACACCUACAAUGCCUUUCGCCUGUCGUUAUAUCAAAGCAACAGGGAUAUCAAGCUGUCCUUGGGUGAGGCCUACAUAUUUCCCGAGCAGAUAAAGGGCAGUCGUGGCAUCUUGCAGCUCCCCAUCUUUGCUAGCCUUCAAAACGUGGCUAUUGGGGAGGUUACCCUGCCUUAUUUAGUGGUCCAACCCAUGCCCAAAGUGGAGGCGGGAAAUCUACGAGCAAGUUUUCAUCACUACUGGCCGGAUAAUUGGCCCACAUUGGACGUAGGACAUCGGGGAUUGGGAGCUAGUUACUUCCAAUCUUCAACAAGUUUCACCGAAAACACAAUAGAAAGUUUCCUGGCAGUGGAGCAGGCUAAAGGAGACAUGGUGCAGCUGGAUGUGCAGCUGACCAAGGAUUAUGUGCCAAUUGUAUGGCAUGGAUUUGGAUUUUAUACCUCGGAGAGGGAUCAACCUAUAAGAGAUCGCUUUGACUUGCGUUUUGUGCUCAUAAGGGAACUAACCUACUCCGAACUCAAGGCCAGUAGGGUAUUCAUCUUGAAGCGUUGGACUGUCAAGGAGUACACGCACCUCAAUGUAAGGGAUCGAAGUCAGAGCCAAAGAAUAUUUCCUAAGCUAUCAGAGGUCUAUGAGGAUCUGCCAAAGAAUCUAGGACUCCUGGUGGAGAUCAAGUGGCCACAGCUGAUGGCCUCGGGUGUCCUGGAAUCCACGCAGAGCUUGAAUAAAAACAACUAUGUGGACAGGAUUAUACAGACAACGAUUCGUUAUGGUUGUGGACGUCCCCUGAUCUUUGCCAGCUUCGAUGCGGAUAUAUGUACCAUGCUCCGGCUCAAGCAACACGUCUUUCCCGUGAUCCUGAUGAGCAUAGGCAAAUCAAACAUUUGGGAUCCCUAUAUGGAUCUAAGGACGCAGAGCUAUCAGCAGGCCGUAAACUUUGCCCAGUCUGCGGAGAUCCUAGGCACAGCCUUGCAUGUGGAGAACUUUCAAAACAAGCAGCAGUCGGUGGAACUGGGAUUGAACCUGCAGCAAGUUUUGUUUUUGUGGGGCAAUGAUCUGCAGAAUGUCCAUCUUCUAGAGCAAUUUCGGGCUCUGGAUGUUUCUGGGCUCAUCUACGAUCACAUGGAUCAAGUGGGUCCAUCUGCCUGGAAGAGAUCUGCGUUCUUUCGAGCUCACCAGCUGCUGGAAUUGUUUGGAGCUCAGUGCGUGGCAAGUGGAAACUCAACCACCAUUCCAGGCGUGAAGCCCGCCAAGCCAACCAUAUGGCCAAAGUUGAGGUAGUGUGGGGGUAGGACUAGGAUAUUAUAAAAUGUAAUAAAAAUGAAAGGAUAAAAGUAAGAAUGG